GCGCAAACGCCCGCCAUUUUUGUUUGCUGUCAAACUUCAAAGGAAAAUGUUGUAAUGUUGUGAAUUUAAUUUAUAUUUAUUUCGCGUCCGAAGGGAUUAUUACGAUAAAGAUUAUUUGCAGUUAGAUCAUAAGUGAAUUUUCGCCAUGUCUAAUAUAUCGCUUGAUAAAGAAACUUUUUAUAGACGCAUGAAAAGGCUGUAUGCGGCGUGGAAGGCUGCUGCUGACUCAAAGAGCGAUGAUGCCUUGGCUAAAGCUGAUUGUUUGGUAUCUUGUGUCGGCGGUGACGAAGAUACCAUUUACAGCAAAUCGACGGCGUUACAGACUUGGCUGUUUGGAUAUGAGUUACCUGACACAAUAUCUGUUCUCAGUGAACACAGUAUGUGUUUCCUUGCCAGUAAAAAGAAAAUAGAAUUUUUGCGGCAAAUUGAAAAUGGCAAAGAAGACUCAGAUUUACCUCCAGUGAAACUAUUGAUAAGGGACAGAAAUGAUCAUGACAAGGAAAACUUCAGCAAACUCAUACAAGAGAUCAAGAAAUCUAAAUCGGGCAAAACGCUGGGUGUUUUUGCCAAAGACAACUAUCCAGGUGAAUUUAGCGAAAGUUGGAAGGCUGCUGUAAAGGCAGAGAAAUUUGAAAAUGUGGAUAUAAGCUCCUCGGUCGCACUAAUUAUGGCGCCCAAGGAAGAUCCCGAGAUUAUCACUGUCAAGAAAGCCUGUUUAGUUACUGUAGAUGUGUUUACAAAGUACUUAAAGGAUCAAAUUAUGGAAAUUAUUGAUUCAGAUAAGAAAGUUAAACAUUCAAAAUUAGCGGAGGGUGUGGAAGCAGCUAUAUCAGAUAAAAAAUAUGUCACAGGUGUCGACACAAGUCAAGUAGACAUGUGCUAUCCACCGAUUAUACAAUCUGGUGGGAAUUACAGUUUGAAAUUCAGUGCUGUGUCGGACAAAAAUCACUUGCACUUUGGAGCGAUCAUAUGUUCAUUGGGUGCAAGGUACAAGUCGUAUUGCUCAAACAUUGUGCGAACGUUGCUCGUCAAUCCCACAGAUGAGGUACAAAGCAAUUACAAUUUCCUACUGAAUUUAGAGGAGGAAAUAUUCAAACGUCUUGUGGCAGGUGUCAAGUUGUCGGCGGUGUAUGAAGCUGGAUUGGAAUUAGCUAAGAAGGAAAAACCUGAACUCGUUGACAAUCUCACAAAAAGCUUUGGUUUUGCUAUGGGUAUAGAGUUCCGAGAAAGCUCCAUAGUGAUUGGCCCUAAAACUUCCAUAGUGGCAAAGAAAGGCAUGGUCUUUAACAUAAACAUAGGUUUAUCCAACUUGACUAACAGUGCUGCAACAGAUAAAGAAGGCAAAACAUAUGCACUAUUCAUUGGUGACACAGUGUUAGUGAAUGAAGAACAGCCUGCGUCACUCCUCACACAGUCCAAGAAGAAGAUCAAAAACAUUGGUAUCUUCCUCAAGGAUGAUGAUGAGGAAGAAGAGGAAGAGAAGGAAAACAAGACUGAAAUACUUGAGAAUGGAGGGCGAGGCAAAAGAACUGCCGUCAUCGAAUCCAAGCUUCGUACGGAACAUUCCUCUGAGGAGAAACGCAAGGAGCAUCAAAGGGAGCUCGCCAUAGCUCUCAAUGAGAAGGCAAAAGAGCGGUUGGCGAAGCAGUCUGGCGGGAAGGAGGGUGAAAAGAUCAGAAAAAGCACAGUUUCGUACAAAAGCGUCAGUCAGAUGCCUAGAGAGAACGAAGUUAAAGAAUUGAAGUUGUAUGUUGAUCGCAAGUACGAAACAAUUAUAUUGCCGAUAUUCGGCGUCCCAGUACCAUUCCACAUAUCUACAAUUAAGAAUAUAUCCCAGUCAGUGGAGGGCGACUACACGUACCUCAGGAUAAACUUCUUCCACCCCGGAGCGACCAUGGGGCGGAACGAGGGGGGGAACUACGCACAACCAGAUGCCACCUUCGUUAAGGAAGUAACAUACCGAAGUACAAACACAAAAGAGCCAGGCGAGAUAUCGCCGCCCUCGUCAAAUCUAAACACAGGCUUCCGGCUUAUAAAGGAAGUGCAGAAAAAAUUCAAAACCCGGGAAGCAGAAGAACGGGAGAAAGAGGAUCUGGUCAAACAGGACACACUGGUCCUAUCACAGAGUAAAGGCAACCCCAAACUAAAGGAUCUGUAUAUAAGACCUAACAUAGUCACAAAGAGAAUGAGUGGGUCGUUGGAAGCGCACACAAAUGGUUUUAGAUUCACAUCAGUCAGGGGUGACAAAGUGGAUAUUUUGUACAAUAAUAUUAAAAAUGCCUUCUUCCAGCCCUGCGAUGGAGAAAUGAUCAUAUUGUUGCAUUUCCAUUUGAAACAUGCUAUUAUGUUUGGUAAAAAGAAACACGUGGACGUACAAUUCUACACGGAGGUGGGAGAGAUCACCACCGACCUGGGCAAGCACCAACACAUGCACGACCGCGACGACCUGGCCGCGGAGCAGAGCGAGCGCGAGUUACGCCACAAGCUAAAGGUCGCCUUCAAGAGCUUCUGCGAGCGCGUCGAGAACAUGACCAAGCAGGAGGUGGAGUUCGACACGCCGUUCAGAGAGCUCGGUUUCCCCGGAGCCCCAUUCCGCAGCACAGUACUCCUGCAGCCCACAUCCGGAGCUCUGGUCAACCUCACCGAGUGGCCGCCCUUCGUCAUCGCCCUCGAGGAUGUGGAGCUGGUGCACUUCGAGCGAGUGCAGUUUCACCUCAAGAACUUCGACAUGGUUUUCGUCUUCAAGGAUUACGCGAAAAAGGUGGCCAUGGUGAACGCUGUGCCCAUGAAUAUGCUCGACCAUGUUAAGGAAUGGCUUAACUCCUGUGAUAUUCGGUAUUCGGAAGGCAUACAAUCGUUGAACUGGACGAAAGUCAUGAAGACAAUCACAGAUGAUAUUGAAGGCUUCUUUGAUAACGGUGGAUGGACCUUCUUGGACCCUGAGUCUGAUGCAGAGAAUGCACAACAGGAGGAAGAGUCUGAAGAAGAAGAUGACGCGUAUGAGCCAACAGACGCAGAGACCGAAGAGGAGUCCGAGGAUGACUCGGAGUACGACUCCGAAGCGUCCGAUGUGUCUGAAGGAUCCGGUGAGAGUGAGGAGGAAGACGAGGAGUCCGGCAAAGACUGGUCGGACUUGGAGCGCGAGGCCGCCGAGGAGGACAAGAAGGACCGCAACUACGACCGCGUGGAGGACUUCGACCGCAAGCGCAAGGGCGGCCGCGACCCGCGCCGCUACGACGACGAUGGCAAGAAGAGCAAGCAUGACAAGAGCUCCAGCCACAAGAGCUCCAACCACAAGAGCUCCAGCUCCGGACACAAGAGCUCCAGCCAUAAGAGCCCCUCCAAACACAGUAGUAGCAGUCCAUCGAAGAACCGCGACAAGCACCACAAGUCGCACCACGACCGCGACAAGUCGCACCACGACCGCAGCAAGUCGUCGCACAAUGACCGCAGCAAGUCGUCGCACAGCAAGUCCAACGGCGAGCACAAGAAACACUCCGACCACAAGUCGCAGAAGCGAUCGCGCGACGAGAGCCGGGAUCGCGACCGCUCCGCCAAAAAGUCCAAGAAAUAAGCCAUUCGUAAGAUAAUAAAAGUUACACAAAUAGCGGAUGUUGAUUGUCCCAAGUUGUUGCAGUGAGCUAAUCAUGUUACAGUUACACGUUGUAUUAGUUAGCCACCGGUUGCCUGCCUAUCGUGUCUCGUGUUCAAAACCAGGUCUGAAUGUAUGUAUUUGUAUGUAAUUUACCGUGAAUGAAUUGCCACUGUAACCCAAUACAAAGUGAGGUUUUAUAAUAAUAAAAAAACUGACAAAUACUGCUUGCAUAGCAUGAGUCAACGAUAUAUGUUGUGACGAGAGAUAUUGUCAACCAAUAGCAGCGAACAUAUUUGGCUUCGGCUGUGGAUAGUUACCAUCCUACCGACAAAGACAUACCGCCAAGUGAUUUAGCAUUCCAGUAUGAUGUCGUGUAAAAACCGAAAGGGGUGUGGAUUUUUCAUCCUUCUCCUAACAAGUUAGCCCGCUUCCAUCAUAGAUUGCAUCAUCACUUACUAUCAGGUGAGAUUGCAGUCAAGGGUUAACUUGUAAAGAAUGAAAAAAAAAAUAGCGAAAUCGAGAAUAUUGCUCUCUCUUUGGUAUGAAACUCUUUCGUCCCAAUAAAACUAACAAUAUUUUAGGUUCCGCUGCUAUUGGUUGACAAUAUAUCUUUUCAACACGAUAUAUAUUGUUGAAGCAUGCUACGCCUACUAAUUAGAAAUUGAAAUUGAUUUUAUUUAUAUGCAUAAUAUUAUACAAUAAUGCUACAAUGGCAAUUCAUCAGAAAUUCCAACAGUGAUUGUAAUUUAAAUUAUACCAAGAGAAACAAAAUAAAUAUAAGGUUUUUAUUA